AGGAAGGGACUGGCAAACCCACAGAGGGCGAGGAGCCGAGCACGGGGUGCAGACAGACUCUGAGACAAUGGCCAAGCUGGUGGAGUGUGUCCCUAACUUCUCAGAGGGGAAUAACAAAGAGGUGAUCGAUGCGCUGGGGCAAGCCAUCUCCCAGACGCCGGGCUGUGUGCUGCUGGACGUGGAUGCCGGCUCCUCCACCAACCGCACCGUCUACACCUUUGUGGGGUCUCCCCAGGCUGUCAUCGAAGGGGCGCUGAGCGCAGCCCGCGUGGCUGGGCAGCUCAUCGACAUGAGCCGACACACAGGUGAACACCCUCGCAUGGGGGCCCUGGACGUCUGCCCUUUUGUGCCGGUGAUGAACGUCAGCAUGGAGGAGUGUGUCAACUGUGCCCAAGUCUUCGGGCAACGCUUGGCAGCAGAGCUGGGGGUGCCUGUGUACCUGUACGGAGAGGCGGCGCGGCAGGAGAGCAGGAAGGCUCUGCCCAACAUCCGCGCCGGAGAGUACGAGGCGCUGCCGGAGAAGCUUGCAAAACCAGAGUGGGCUCCUGAUUUUGGGCCCCCAACCUUUGUCCCUCGGUGGGGGGCCACAGUGACAGGUGCCAGGACCUUCCUUAUCGCCUACAACAUCAACCUGCUGUGCACCAAGGAGCUGGCUCACCGCAUUGCCCUCAACAUCCGCGAGCAGGGUCGUGGCGCUGACCAGCCCGGGCGCUUGAAGAAGGUGCAGGGCAUCGGCUGGUAUUUGGAGGAAGAGAACAUAGCCCAGGUUUCGACGAACCUGCUGGACUUUGAGACCACGCCGCUCCACGUUGUCUACGAGGAGGUCUGCCGAGACGCAGAGGCACUGAACCUCCCCGUGGUGGGGUCCCAGCUGGUGGGGCUUGUCCCCAAGAAGGCCAUGCUGGACGCAGCUGAGUUUUACAUAAAGAAGGAAAAACUCUUCAUCCUAGAGGAGGAACAGAAGAUCAGACUGGUGGUCAGCCGGCUGGGCCUGGACUCCCUGUCUCCGUUUCACCCCCAGGAGCGCAUCAUCGAGUACCUGGUGCAGGCAGGAGAGCAGGACAAGGGGCUGGUGGCCAAGCCACUGGGCGCCUUCGUGCGAGCAGUUGGUGGGAGGUCGGCAGCGCCAGGAGGAGGCUCCGUGUCUGCAGCUGCAGGUGCCCUGGGAGCGGCGCUGGGCUGCAUGGUGGGGCUGAUGAGCUAUGGAAAGCGGCAGUUUGAGGAGCUGGACCCCAUCAUGAGGAAGCUGAUCCCCCCCUUCCACCAGGGCAUGGACGAGCUUGUGGCGAUGGUGGAUGCUGACUCUCGUGCCUUCAGCAGCUACAUGGAAGCUAUGAAGCUGCCAAAAAGCACCCCUGAAGAGCGGGAGAGACGCACAGCUGCCAUGCAACAGGGGCUGAAGACAGCUGUGAGGGUGCCCUGUGCCCUGGCAGAGAAGGUGAGCGGGCUUUGGCCUCCUCUCAAGGAGCUGGCACGCCACUGCAACCUGGCCUGCAAAUCUGACAUCCAGGUUGCAUCUCUCAAGCCGCGCUUCACAAACUGGCCCGUGGUUUCCAUCCACUAACUUCUUGGCAGCUUGCAACCCUUGUAGGAGAGUUGACUUCCACCAGCCCUUGCCUCAGUUUUCCCACCUGUGCGGCAAGGCCAUGAAUGCUUCCCACUGCCAGAGCCACAGCCUGAAAAUACCAUGUUGGAAAGUGUUGCAUGCUGUUGGGUCACAGAGUCACAGAAUCGUAGUGGUUGGAAGGGACCUCAGAGAUCAUCGAGUCCAACCACAAAAAAAAAAAAAACAAAACAAAAC